UGGCUUAGUUUGGAGGGGUUACUGAGAUCUGCUCCCUCUCCUCUCAGUGUGAAGGGCUCUAGGCUGGGGACAGGGGGUUGGUGAGAAAGCAGAGGUUGACCUUUCUACCCACAGUGGUGGUCUGUAAGAACAAUCUCCCAAGCUUGUAGAGACAAAAUAUAAAAUAGCCAGCAGUAGUUCUCUUUGCACAGAAUGAGGGUGGAAAGCACAUAGGUAGGAAUUUUCCUUCCUGUCACCCUCCUUAGUCAGAGCAGAAGUGGGUAUCUUUAACACUGAAGGGAAGGAAGGGGAGAAUUAAUCUAGGAGCUCUGCCUAUAUCAAUACCCACCUCUGUCACCUCCCUGGCCUAGCAGGUGUUUGAGGGUACAGAUCCCAUGGUAUUCUGGGACUUGUUUUUUUUCUGUUUUGCUCCCUUGGCAUGUUGGGAGCUGUAGUCCUUGCUAGCCACAGCCUGGCCCAGCUGUUUGAUGCCAGCUGCUGCCCACCCCACGAUGGAGGGUGAGGUUUGGCCUACCCUGCCCUGCCCCCCUGCAGUCCUGCCCCAUGAGUCAGCUUGAAGCAAUGGUCUAGAGCCAGACUGGCUGGGUGGCAGGAGAGUGAAUCUUCCAGCUUCUCGUUGAUGGGGCAGGAACUGCAAGGGCUCUGGGGUAAUGAGCAGAUGCCAGGCAUGCUAGGGUCAAGUAGGGCAUCAUGUCAUCACCUGGCUUCCCCAGGGCAAGGGCUCAGGCAGGCAACUGGGAGACAUAGGAUGUGAGGGUGCUAAGGAAAAGGCCCUUUCUGAACCUGUAUGGCUUGGAUGAAGAAAUGAAUGGGUAGAGAUCAGAGUGCACAUUGUAUCCUCUGACAACACUGCCACUGGUGUUCCACCCUUUCCAGCCAUCCCACCCACCACAAGGGACCAGAAUUUUCUUAGGUAUUUCAAUUCUAAUGAGGACGUGAUGAGAUGGGAAAGUGUAGGAUGCAAUGAGAAUAAUUUGAAAAGGAAAGGUUUUCAAUCCCUGAGUGCAAAUAUCCCUUCUCUCCCCACCUCCCACCUCCCACCCCCCACUUCUAUUGUUGCUGAUUCUUCCUGUACAAUUAAUCUCUCUGCUUCUCUCAUCAGGAAGUUUUCCCCCUGCACUGUCAGGACUGCUGCCCAAAUCUCUGGGGCUAGCAUUCCACUUUUUGAGUUUGUCAUGUGCUUUCCUCUGUGUUUGGAGAUGAGUAAGAUAGUGGGGCAUAGACAUGUCUUCAGAAAUCCUGUGGCUGGUCUAGAAGAUGCUCAUAUUUACAUGAGGUAGUGACACUCCCAUAGGUGAGGUCUCAGAUGAGGAAGAUAUGGUCUGGGGUAAAGAACAGACUUUCUGUUGUACUUUAUUUAUUUUAGAGUGCUGGAAACUGAACCCAAGGCCUCAUGCAUAGUAGGCAAGUGCUAUAUCUCUGAGCUACAUGCCCAGACCCAGAGCUGAUUUUUUGGAAGGGUUGGCAUUUGAAGGAGGAAGAAUAUGGCUAGGAUAGGCAUACAAAGGGCCCACCUUGAAGGAGAAAGGGCAUUGUAGGUGGCAGGCAGCAAAAGCCCAAGGGAGAAAGCUGACCCUGGGGGCUUUCAGCUUGACAGUUUCUUUACCCUAGUAUAGGCACCUGAGUGUACACUAGUCCAUGGAGAUAAUCAUGCACUCUGGCAGAAAAGCAGUGGUUUGGGUAUAGGUGUUUUUGGGUAUGUGAACCCUGGGGGAGGGGCAUGGAGAUACUUCUAGUUGCUUCCAGCUGACUGCCUGCUGCUGCCUUAUCUCUAGGUCACAGAGCCUAGGGGGAGGGGCAGGCCCUGGGAAGUGUCUUCUGUUGUCCCUUCCUCCCCUGCCACUUGUUUUUGAUUGGAUUUGUUGUCUCUUGUUAAAAAGAGAUUGCUGGGGGAGAUUGGGAGUUCAAGGCUAUAGGGCUGGCUUUGAGCUGACCUGAGGUUUGUGACUCUGAGAAGAGUGUAAUGGGGUGUGACAGUCUACAAGAACUCUGCCCUUAGCACUGUGGGGUGCCACUUGUCCUUUUUGAUAUAGACAUAUGGGAAAGAGUUGUGCAAUUCCACAGCCUUGAGUAAGAGAGCUGAAUUAUUUCUCUGCCCACCCCCUAGCUGACAUGAUCUCUUGGAUCUUGAGGGUAUUUCAUCCCCCCUCCAAUUCAGGGCAGGAGUCCCCAAGAUGGUGGCCCUGACAAAUAGUUCAUUUUGCCUCAUUUCUUAACAUCCUUUUUACAUUGAACCAAGACCUACCUUUCUGUGACUCCUCAGGUAGCUCAGCUCUACAGCCUGGGUACUGGAUCUGGAGCUUACUUCUGAAGUGCUCAUGGUGUGGGAGAAUGGUAUCCUGGAGUAUACUCUAUUAGUCCACAAUCAGGGAGGGCCCUUACUACUGACUCCACAGAUCCUGGUUUAUGUCUGUUCUUUCAUCAGGGUCCAGCUGAACCCAGGAGCUGCCCGGAAUGGUGGCAGUCACCUUGCCAGUGCAGCAGGCAUGGACCAGACUGCAAGCUAGGGGAACAAGGCAUCAGUCUGGAAGAGGGGACACACAUCUAGGCUUGAGGCCCCUUCAUCGGGAUGUCCCCAGGCCCCCCAACCCAGGCCCAGCAUAAAGGCCGUGUGGGGGGGCCCCCCUGACCCAAGGGGAGCUUCAUGCGCCACGUGCAGGCGGAGCCGUCUCCAUCCUCAGAGCCAGAGGCUGGCCCUUCACAGCCUCCAGUCAGACAGGGGACCCUCCAGGGUGGCCUGCUCAUGGGCUACAGCCCAGCAGGGGGGGCAGCAUCCCCCGGGGUCUACCAGGUAUCCAUCUUUUCCCCUCCAGCUGGUGCCUCUGAGCCUCACAGGGCUCUGAAGCGGCCGGCCCCACCUACUGAGGGUCCCCGGGAGCUGAAGAGAGGCCCUGGGCUGGGGGCCAGAGAGGGAUUACCCCCUGAAGAACCAUCUACUGUGGGGCUAUUGGCCCCAGAGGGACUGGGUCUGGGACUGGGUGUGGCCAGCCAGCAUUUCUCCCAUCAUGGCCUCUGUGUUGUGGAACAGGGAGGUAAUGCCACCUCACCUUGGACUUCAGGGGCCCGAAGACCCCCCUGGCUCCCAUCAAAUGCUUCCUGCAAUACUUUGCACACCAGAGACUGGGCUUCCCCAGAUCCAGGGGGACAGGGGUCCCUGGGGGAGUCUCCAGGGCCAGCCCCUUCAGGCCAGCUGCACACACUUGACACUGAUUUGCACAGUCUUGCACAAAUAGGGGGUAAGAGCCCAGUGGCUGGGGUGGGCAACGGGGGAAGCCCCUGGCCUAGGGAGUCCCCUGGCACUGCCAAUGGGCACAGUCCCGAGCACACACCCCCUGGCCCUGGACCUCCAGGCCCCUGCCCUACCAAGCGAAGGCUGCUUCCCGCUGGAGAAGCCCUGGAUGUCAGCUCUGAGGAUGAGGGGCCAGCCCCUCGGAGGCGCCGGGGAACCCUGGGCCACCCUCCUGCUGCCAACUGUUCUGAUGCCAAAGCCACACCCUUCUGGAGCCACCUGCUGCCCGGGCCCAAGGAGCCUGUUUUGGACUCAAGAGACUGCAGUCCCGUGGGGCGGAGGCUGAAAGGUGCCCGUCGCCUGAAGCUGAGCUCCCUUCGAAGCCUCCGGAAGGGACCAGGCCUGCUGAGCCCCCUCAGUGCCUCCCCUGUUCCUACCCCUGCUGUCAGCCGUACCCUGCUGGGCAACUUUGAGGAAUCAUUGUUGCGAGGACGCUUUGCACCAUCUGGCCACAUUGAGGGCUUCACAGCAGAGAUUGGAGCUAGUGGGUCCUACUGUCCCCAGCAUGUCACGCUGCCUGUCACUGUCACCUUCUUUGAUGUUUCUGAGCAAAAUGCCCCGGCCCCCUUCCUGGGUGUCGUGGACCUGAAUCCCCUGGGGAGGAAGGGUUACAGCGUGCCCAAGGUGGGCACCAUUCAAGUGACCUUAUUUAACCCCAACCAGACUGUGGUGAAGAUGUUCCUUGUGACCUUUGACUUCUCGGACAUGCCUGCUGCCCACAUGACCUUCUUGCGCCAUCGCCUCUUUUUGGUGCCUGUGGGUGAGGAGGGAAAUGCUAGUCCCACCCACCGCCUCCUCUGCUACUUGCUGCACCUCAGGUUCCGGAGCUCCCGCUCAGGCCGAUUAAGCCUACAUGGAGAUAUCCGCCUGCUUUUUUCCCGACGGAGCCUGGAGCUGGACACAGGGCUCCCCUAUGAACUGCAGGCCGUAACUGAGGCUCCCCACAAUCCACGUUAUUCUCCUUUUCCCUGAUUGCCAGUGCUCUGAACCUAGGUGGGCCAAAAGCCUGCCCAUCCUGCUCCAUCCUGGACAGAGUAAACACGUGGAGAAAUGGCGAAAACCCCUUAGGAUUGAAUUAAAGUCCUCACCACGCUCAUGCCCAAAUUGAUUAUUUGGGUAUUUAAAGCUUCUGAUCCUUCCACACCCUGCCCUACUCCGGGUACUCCAUGUGCCUGUUCCCUCCCUUGGGUUUCCCAGGCCAGCUUAGGUAGUACAGAGGAACCAGAGCUACCCUGAGAUUGUCCCAAGUCCCCAGGCAAGUCAUGCCAGCGUUGCCUCCCUGUCCUGGGCAGGGGCCACUUCUUAUUUUAUUUAUUUUUAAUUUAUAAUUUAUUCAAAUUGGAUUGCCUUGGUAACCUCCCAAACCUGAUAAUUGGCAUCAUCCUUCCUCCUUUCUCACUCUCAAAUAUUGCUCCAAACUCAGGAGUUGAAGAGGCUGAAGUGUGGGGGCAGGGAGAAAACUGUUCUUCCUCAGCUGAGGACAGAGGGAUUAUCCCAGAGGGACUGAGUCACUAGCCAAAGACUCAGCUUCCCCUGUCCUUCCCUGUUACCUUCCCUUCCCCUACCCUUCAAUACAUCUUUGAAAGCCAACUUAUGAGAAUGUGUGUGUGUGUGUGUGUGUGUGUGAGGAAGCACAAGCUUGUGUUUGUGAUAUUUGUGAGAAAAAGAGUGUGCAUGCAUGCACACACACAGGGGUUAACCACCCCUCACCUGGGGCUCCAGACUCAGUUGUCCCUUUCCUUUUGCCUAUAUCUCCUUACUUUGGGUCCUGACUGAGGAAGGUGUCCAGGGACAGAGUCAGGGCCAAGGACUGGGAUGUCUCCUCUCACCUGGCCAGAUUCUGACCCACCUACCUCAGCUGGGAUAAGGGGCAUCUCUCAAACUCAGUUAUGUGGCUCCCAACUACCCUGUUCCCCACUCCAGACUCAGACCCAGCCUCAGCCCUUGACUCCUGGGACAUGACUGAGGGGAACAAGCAUUUGCUGAAACUUGAAAAAAACAAAAACAAAAUGAAACAAACAAA